CGGACACGCGUUUCGCUGCCACCUCACGCUCUUUCUCGUCAAAGAAAACGAACCGAAACCCCCCCUCGAAGUAAGCAGCUAAAUCCCAAAAUCUGAGCGGACGACGAAGAAUAAGAAGCCGAAAAGCCGACCCUGCUCGUCUCUAGAAACUUCUUCCCCUUUCACACGCUUCGGGUUCAAAAUCAUGGAACCCUCCGCCGCUGUCGCCGACCAACCCGUUAAAAUUGCCCAGACCAAAACCGAGUCCAGCGGCGACCAGCACCCUCACUCUGCGGACUACGCUCCCUACCCUAAGCUCGACCCCGCUGACGUGGCUCCUCCCCCUCCGGCGACGGACACGGCGGCGAGAUCCGCAACCGCUGGUGAUUACCAGGCGACCACCAUGCCGCCGGAGUCCAACCCCUACGUCACUCCCUCUCCCGCCGCCGCUUCAUCCUCCUCGAAGAAUACUGUUGGGGCAGUAAAAGAUGCGCUCGGGAGGUGGGGGAAGAAGAUGGGGGAAGCGGCGAAGAAGACCGAGGAUUUGGCUGGCAACGUUUGGCAACACUUGAAAACAGGACCGAGUGUUGCUGAUGCUGCCAUGGGAAGGAUUGCUCAGGGAACCAAGGUCAUAGCUGAAGGUGGUUAUGAGAAAAUAUUUAGAACAACCUUUGACACCCUUCCUGAAGAGCAGCUUAAAAAGUCAUUUGCAUGCUACUUAUCAACAUCAGCUGGUCCUGUGAUGGGAAUUUUAUAUCUCUCUACUGCAAAACUUGCAUUUUGCAGUGACAAUCCUCUUUCUUACAAAGUUGGGGAUCAAACUGAGUGGAGCUACUAUAAGGUGGUUAUUCCUCUACAUCAGCUCAGAUCAGUCAAUCCUUCAACCAGCAAAGCAAAUCCAGCAGAGAAAUAUAUCCAGAUUGUGUCAGUUGACAACCAUGAAUUCUGGUUCAUGGGUUUCGUGAACUAUGACAGUGCUGUGAAGAACCUACAAGAAGCUCUCCGUGGUGCUCACGACUUGCAACCUUAGCAUUGUGAGUUUCUGAAUUUGCUGCAGUACCCAUGUGAACAUAUUUGUGCAUUAUGUUGUGAUGUGAUGGACUUUUCUGCUUGUUAUGAGUUCAACGGUUCUUCUGUUGGUUACUCAUAGGAUGAUAAAUUCUAAAAUGAAAUUUGUUAUAUUUGGGCGGAACAGAUCAAUGAUGUAAACAAUAAGAUUGUGUCCUUUCUCUUUGUAUAUCUCCAUCCAUUAUCAUUUGUUUUC